UUACUGGGCUAUAUAAAGAGGAUAUCAUGGCUUCUUCAUCCUCUAAGCAAGUCUCUUAAGCAGGUCUCUCAUCGAUAUAACCAUGUCCAAAGUCCUCGCUAUCUUUGGUGCCACCGGUACCCAAGGCGGUGCGGUUCUCAACUUCGUUUUGAAUGACCCAGAGCUCGCUAGCACAUACACAAUUCGCGCAAUCACUCGGGAUGUCGGCUCCCUCUCGGCUAGAGAGCUGCGGGAAAAGAAGAAGGUCGAAGUUGUCCGCGGGGACGUGUAUGACAGGGCCUCUCUCGAGACUGCGAUGACUGGCGUACACACCGUCUUUGCCAUGACCACGCCUGUCUUUGGCCCGAACUCCCUGGAAGCCGAGUACAACAACGCGAAGACAAUCGCCGACGUCGCCGUCGAGACAAAGGUGCAGUACCUCAUCUUCAGCUCGCUGCCGUCCCCGCGCAAGAUGUCUGGCGGGAAGUACACGGGUGUCACUGUCUUUGACGCCAAGGCGCAGGCAGAGCAGUAUAUCCGUGGCCUGCCUAUCCGCAGCGCAUUCUUCGCGGGCGCCUAUUUCUUCGAGAACAUCCAGCAGUCAUUCUUCUUCUCGUCUGAGCCAACAUUAUCGGGUGCCUCUAACGACGACGGCAAGACCUGGGUCAUUGGCCGCCACAUCUCGCCGCAGACCAGCUUGCCCUGGAUUGACGCCACCAGGGACACCGGCAAAUUCGUGGGUGCCAUCCUCGCCGACCCGGACAAGUACGAGGGCAAAACGUUCUGUGCGGGUGCUGCUUUCUACACCUGGGAGAGGUUCGCCGCCAUCAUCUCCAAAGCGACGGGCAAGAAGGUUGUCUACCGCCAGAUCCCUGUCGAGGAUUUCCGAAAAACCGUGCCUCCGGUUCUCGGAGAUAUCUUUGCCGAUGGAUUCAGUUCGCAGGAGGAAUUCGGCUAUUUCGGCCCUGACUCAGAGCAGUUGGUUGCCUGGGCUGCUGCGAACGCCCGAGGCAAACUCACUACAUUGGAGGAAUAUCUGGAGGCGAACCCAUUGAAGCUUGAAUAGAGUAUUGAGGCGGGCUGUAUAUAUACUGGGUGUCGAUUAGUCGACGAGUGAAUUAUAGAGAGUAC